AUUGUUAUGUACUAAAAACUGUGUGUGUGCGUAUAUAAACAUCUUUGGUGUAUUUCAUUUCCCAUUUUGAGACAGAAUGUUUUUUGAGUAGAAAUGCAACCAAUUUAGUGUUUUGUUUUAUGGAUUUUUGUUUGAACAUUGAUUAAAUAGAGACGAUUGAACAAAUUUUACCGUAAAAUUUUCACAUAGACAAGAGUGAAAAAAAAGAAGAAGAAGAACAACAAAAGACCCAACCAAAAAUACCAUGAAUGAGAGUUCAAGUUCACCAAUUGAAUAUGGAAGUGAAACAGAGCUGCUGGCCGAUUUUAAGCGAUACAUGAAUGAACCGUCCAAUUUGGAACGUGCAACAAAUUAUCUAUACAAUUCAUUGGUGGAUGAAACAAUAAUGGGUGUUGUCUUUGAAUUACAUUAUUUACAUAAAACUGGUCUCGAUGUUGCACUCGAAGGUGAACCAGAAGAUCCAUCCGUAUUUAGCAUUGUGGAUAUGCCUGAUAUGGAUGUGUUUGGUUCAACAAAUACAAAGAAGGCUGUGGAUUGUACGUGCCCAAAUUGUGAUCGGCCUGUUGCAUCGUCUCGAUUUGCACCGCAUCUGGAAAAGUGCAUGGGCAUUGGUCGAAAUUCAUCAAGAAUUGCAAGUCGACGAAUCGCCAAUUCACGCGAUGGCAACAAUUAUUUUGGCAAUAAUGUUAGCGAUGAUGAAGACGACGCCGAUUGGUCUAGUGAUAAAAAGAAGAAGAAAAUUCAAUCGAUGCGAACGAAUGGAUCCAAAAAGAAUGGAAAAUAAAUGGGAAAACAAUGACACAACAAAUCAAAACUGAAUUACAAUUUUUCAUUCGUUCGACUGACAUCAACACCACAUUUUCAAGCUGUGUACAUUUAAUGGGGCAGGAAGGGGGCUGACAAAGGCAAAAUUAUCUAUAUAUUAUCACACAUAAAAUUGAUCAACUGCGGAAAUAUUUGUUUUAGUUAUUCGAUAAGUAGAAGUUGUAGGAUAUUUUAAUGAAAUAUAUGUAUACAUAAACGA